AUGGGGGUGCUGAUCGACUGGAUCCGCGCAGCUCGUCUCCAGCUCAGGCAGAGCUUUGGCUCAGACUUUCCUGUGUUGCGUCUGCACUCGGACAGAGGCGGAGAGUUCUCCUCUGGCCUUCUGCGUGCCUACUGUCGUGCGCGAGGCAUCCGCCAAACCUUCACGCUUGAGGACUCCCCGCAGCAAAAUGGGAUUGCAGAGCGCCGCAUUGGCAUGGUCAUGGACGUCGCUCGUACGUCCAUGAUGCAUGCGGCUGCCCCCCAUUUUCUGUGGCCGAUUGCGGUCAGAUACGCAGUGCAUCAGAUCAACCUCCACCCCAGGUUCUCCAGGCCGGAGACCUCCCCAACGCUGCUGUGGACGGGGAAGGUUGGCGAUGCGUCGGCGUUCCGGGUCUGGGGAUCUCGGGCGUUUGUCCGCGACUUGUCUGCGGACAAGCUGUCCCCUCGCGCUGCUCCCUGCGUCUUCCUCGGGUUCCCCCCCGACGCCCCUGGGUGGCAGUUCUACCAUCCCACCUCUCGACGUGUUCUGUCCUCCCAGGACGUCACGUUCAACGAGUCGGUACCCUACUACCGCCUCUUCCCCUACCGCACUCCGUCCCUCCCCCCGCCCCUGCUCUUCUUGGUACCAGGUCCCCCCCCGGUAGACCCCCUCCCCCCUCAGGGUCCAGCCCCUUCAGGUGUGUCCCAGGUAGACGCGGUCGAGCCUGUCGAGGUUACUGGUGACUCUCGUGCUGCUGCGGGAGCUGAGCUUGGGGGUGCUGAGACUGGAGGUGCUACGCCUGCGGGUGCUGAGCCUGGGGGUGCGGAGUCUGGAGGUGCUGAGCCUGGGGGUGCUGAGCCUGGGGGUGCUGAGCCUGGGGGUGCUGAGCCUGGAGGUGCUGAGCCUGGGGGUGCUGAGCCUGGGGGUACUGAGCCUGGGGGUGCUGAGCCUGGGGGUGCUGAGACUGGGGGUGCUCCGCCUGGAGGUGCUUCGUCUCUCAGAGAGCCACUCUCCCCUCAGGAGCUACGUGAGUGGUUUGCAAGGCGCUGGAGGCGUGCUGCUGGUGUUGGUGGUUCUUCGGCUGCAGAGGGUACUGCUGCCGAGCGUCCCGGCGGUGCUCGUACUGUGGGUGCUGGAGCUGCUGGGACUGAGGGUUCUCCUGAGGCUGGUGCUGCUGAGGGUGUUGACGCUGAGACUGCCGCUGGAGGUCCGACUGGUGGUGCUCCUGGUGGUGCUGCUGGAGGUUCUGGAGCUACUGGAGAUGCUGCAAGAGCGGGUACUCCUGCUCGGGGUACUGGUGCUGUCCCUGCUGUUUCUGGCGUCGCCGCGCGGCCCCGGCCGUACUUCGUUCCGCUCCUGCAGCAGGUUCUUGGUCUUACACCUUCUCCUGGUCCUCCUCCUCCUCCCUUAGAGGGUCCACAGCCUGUCUCGUCACAGUCACAGCUACAGCCUGCCUCACCUUUGCCUGCUCCUUCUCCCUACGCUGGUCCGACAAGAGGUCUUACUGAGCGUCGUGAGACUGCGUCUCGUCCUGCGUCGCCUGUUCGUACUGCGCCCACUAGUGGUCGUGGUUCACGUCAGCGUCCUCCUCCUGUCCCUGGCACGCACCGGAUGUCUCUGCAUCCGUCUACUGCUCCUCUGCGUGCCCCUUUGCCUUCUCCUCCUACUUCCUCUCUUCUUGCUCUUGCCGAACCGGAGUUGGACUCUCUUCGUGCUGCCAGUCCUACUGUCACGCGUCUUCUUGCUACUGCGGUCACUGACCCUUCUUUCGAGUCUUCUGCUGCGUCUGCCCUUGUCACUGAGCUCGUCGACUUUGCUGCGCGCUGUCGUCUAGACUACGCUGCUAGUCUUGUCGCUGAGUCUGAGUCUGCCUGUCCUCCGUCCGUCGGGGGUGAGUGUGCCCUUGGCACGGACGUCCUUGAGGACAGGCAGGAGGAGUUCCAGUGUCUGGCCGCCGCUUCACCUCAUCUCGCGUCUGUACUGCUAGCCUCUGAGGGAGACCCGGAUGCACUAGACAUCCCGACUCCGCGCUCUUACGCGGAGGCGAUAGAGGGUCCCUACUCGUCUUAG